GCGGUGCCAGCGCGCAGCCCGCCGCCCGCGCCGCCCUGGCGUGCGUCUCCUUAUAUGGGCAAAUGACUCGGCGGGGGAUCUCUGGGCGGGAGCAGCGCCGGCUCCACUCGGCCGGCUGCGAGCCGCCGCCGCCGCCGCCAGCUACGCGCCGCCGCCCGCCCGGUUGUUGAACAACACGGCGUCAAGAUGACCGAACGUUUUGACUGCCACCAUUGCAAUGAAUCUCUCUUUGGCAAGAAAUACAUCCUGAGGGAGGAGAGUCCCUACUGUGUGCCAUGCUUCGAGGCCCUCUACGCCAACACGUGCGAGGAGUGUGGGAAGCCCAUCGGCUGUGACUGCAAGGACUUGUCCUACAAGGACCGGCACUGGCACGAGGCCUGCUUCCACUGCUCGCAGUGCAGGAGCUCGCUGGUGGAUAAGCCCUUCGCAGCCAAGGAGGAGCAGCUGCUCUGCACGGACUGCUAUUCCAACGAGUACUCGUCCAAGUGCCAGGAAUGCAAGAGGACCAUCAUGCCAGGUACCCGCAAGAUGGAGUACAAGGGCAGCAGCUGGCACGAGACCUGCUUCAGCUGCCAUCGCUGCCAGCAGCCGAUCGGGACCAAGAGUUUCAUCCCUAAGGACAAUCAGAACUUCUGUGUGCCCUGCUACGAGAAGCAGUACGCCCUGCAGUGUGUGCAGUGCAAAAAGCCCAUCACCACGGGAGGCGUCACUUACCGCGAGCAGCCCUGGCACCGGGAGUGCUUCGUGUGCACCGCCUGCAAGAAGCAGCUGUCCGGGCAACGCUUCACGGCGCGGGAUGACUUCGCCUACUGCCUGAGCUGCUUCUGCGACCUGUACGCCAAGAAGUGCGCGGGCUGCACCAACCCCAUCAGCGGAAUUGGUGGCACAAAAUACAUCUCCUUCGAGGAGCGGCAGUGGCACAACGACUGCUUCAACUGCAAGAAGUGCUCCCUGUCCUUGGUGGGGCGGGGCUUCCUCACAGAGAGGGACGACAUCCUGUGCCCGGACUGCGGCAAAGACAUCUGAAGGCCCCGCGGGGAUAGCGCGCAGUCGCUGCUUGAGUCACACACACACACACACAUUUAUGUAUUUUCUUUCUCCACCAGCAAUAUUGUGCUCUGGCUUCCACCUGCCUCAUGUGCUUCUCAGUGCUAGUCUUGUCUGUUUAAAUCCUUUCAUCUUCGGGACUAAGUCAGUCCCAGGGAAAAGCGAGAAUCCUCAUGCAACCCUACGUGGGAAGAUAGUUUGGAAUUUCUGUAGUUAUUAGGGCCAAUCCAAUUGCAAAACUCCUCUCGAAUGAUGUCUUUAUAAGCUUAUCUUUCUUUUCACUGCAUAUUUAAGUGCAAUUCGCAUAUGUCACAAACUUGACUUUUAAGAACUGUAUAAGGUAAUGAAGCAUUGGUACCUACAGCUUUUAAACUUCCUGUUAUGUAAAAUCGAAAGCAAGAGUAUGUGAUUUACAAUAAAGUUAUUCCAGACAGAA